AUGAUUGCUCGACGACACCAGGUGCACCAGGCUUGCCAGCGUUGUCGAGGUAAACGAAUCAAGUGCGAUGGGGGUGAUCCAUGCCAGAAGUGCAGCAAGGCUCAGCAGGAAUGUGUGUUUGAUCAUUCGCGGCGCGAGACGAAAGGCGAGCUUCGAGCCCAGAUCGAACACCUAAAGCGGCAAAACGAGGAAAACGCGCAGCUCCUGAGCGCCCUGUCGACGGCAGACAAGACUCAGCACCCGGCCGCCGCCCCGGGGCGCGCGAGGGCCAGUCCGACGAAACAAACGCAGCCGACGCAGCAAGUGCCGGCCUCGGCCGCUUCCCAGGAGCCCGAUGGCCAUGGGAAGCAGGAAGAUGACGGGAGACACUCCCCGUCGACUCGACGUCCGUCUCAGACCGAGUCCUCGACGGCGUCAAGCUCCGAGGAGGUGCUUCUGUGUCCGCACUGUCACAAAGCGCUGCCGUGGUCCCUGUCACGCAGCAUCGGCAUCGGCAGGGCGGGAGAUGUCGACUCGGCACCGUUGAUGUCGACGCCUGGCUCGCCGUUCGAGUGCUCGAUACCCCUGAACAUCCACGAAAGGCACGAACCGGAAAUGAACAUGUAUAUGGGACCGCACGUGCUGGUAGAUGGGUGGACGAGCACCGGGUGGACCGUGACGGAUGUGCGAAGCCUCCUCGAUAAGUUGGCCAAGUGGGAUUACCUUUCCUUCUGCCUCUUAUCCAGACAGGCCUUCCUGCAUGAUUACCACUCUGGGUCCAGCCGGUAUUGCUCCUCCGCCCUCGUCAAUGCGCUCCUUGCCCUCGCCGUACGGGUUGUGGAUGAGAGGCAGGAUGAAGACACGGCACCGAGUCGGCCCGGAGUCGUUUCGAGCCGGGACCUCUUUGAUGAGGCCGAGGGCAUAAUCCGCAGCGAUGCCGUGGCGUCGAGAAGCCUUCCUGGCAUACAGACCCUCGGCGUUCUCGCCCUGUACCAGAUCAGCUGCGGCAAGCAGGCAGAGGCCCGGAAGCUCGCCGACGCCUUCGCUGACGGCAUGAAGAACCUGCGUCGCCGGGCACGGACGGGAGGAAGCCGGAACGUCAACAAGGGUGAUGAGGAGGAGGAGCACUCGUACGCCAGGGUGCUGACGGAGACGUACCGCGGUGCCAUCUUCCUGAUGCGCAUCCUCUGGUUGACCACAGGCCAGCUCCCCGACGGCCCGUACGGCGACAGCCCGUGCCCGGAUGACGGCGUAUUCCUCGAUCAGCCGUCGUCGGCCGGCUUGAGAGCACCAGCAAGCGGCCGCGACGGCGAGAAAAGGCAAAACGACGCCAACGAAUCUCCACGUGACGGUUUGCUGCUCAUACCGGCCAAGAUAUUCCAACUCACCGAAUGGGUCUACAAGCUGCUAGUGACGGCACACGUCCCGUCGGCCGAGAUUCUUGCCGUCUACACCAAGUGCCUCGACUGGUACGACAGCUUCUUCGCGCUACUGGCUGGCGGCAGCGACAGGCCCGUCGUCCCCAUUGUCCACAUGUACUAUCAGUUCUGCCUGCUCUGUCUCUUCCGACCCUUUGCCAACAUGAGCCUCAGCGACGGCGACAUCGAGCCACGGGUGAUCUGUCUGCAGGCGGCGCACUCGACCCUCGUUCUGGCCCAGUCGUACCGCCGUCUCUUUACCCUUCGCCGAGUCUCGGUCUUCCUACCGCUCUUUGUCUGCGCCUCGGGGCACGUGAGCCUCGUCGAAGGCAACGGCGGCUCGCCGAUUCGUCCCAUUUGUCGCCCGAUGACCCUCCUGGACUCCGACGCCGAGGCGGAGCCGAGCGAGGAUCCGGCCAAAGCGCCAUGCGUCGCGGCCGAUCCGACGAUGCUGGAGGGCGUGAUGCCGUCCAAGUUUGCCCGCAUGCUCCUGGACGAAAUGAGAGGGAGCCACCCGGCGGCAGCGAUGGCGGCUGGCAUCCUGGCCGAGAUGGAGGCCAAGCUUCAUGCCUGA